GCUCCUCCAGUCAACAAGGAGCUUUCAACCGAUGGUUGACAAACGACAUCGAGCAGCUUCCGUCUCCUCUGCUUUCUCACCAUAAUAAUAAUAAUAAUAAUAACAGAUAUUCCAGUUUUUCUUUCCCCACAGGAAGGUGACCGUUUACUCGUCGGUAUGGCGAUGUCAACAUUUCAGAAGGUGACCCUUGCGACGUGUCUCGUGCUUUGCGUCGCUCUCCUGCUUCCCAAGCUGCUGUUAUCACGGGGGAGGAAGGAUGCUGCUGAGCGGCCGGAGGGUUCAGGUCGCCUACCUCCAAUGAUGCACCGUCAGACGGCCCCGGAAGGUCGAAGUCAGAGGGCCGCAGGCUCUAGCUUCUCCAGAGCACACAACUCUGAGGCUGUAGCCAGGGCCAAGGGAGCAGGAACGGGGGCAGGGACCGGGGGUAAAUCCAACCUAGCAGGACAGAUCAUCCCUGUGUACGGCUUUGGGAUCUUACUCUACAUCCUCUACAUACUUUUUAAGAUCACAUCUAAAGGGAACAGCAAGCCACCGGAGAGCAGGUUUCCUUCGGUACGGUCUGAGAACAUGAAGAGAAAGAUCACUGACUUUGAGUUGGCUCAGCUGCAGGAGAAACUGAGGGAAACGGAGUUGGUGAUGGAGAAUAUAGUUUCCAACGCCCACCACAGUCCUGACAGGGUGAAGGGGGUGACGGCGGAUCAGGAGGAGAGCCUCCUGCUGCAGCUGACGGAAAUAACUCGUGUGAUGCAGGAGGGCCAGCUGGUGGACAACGUGGCUGCAGAGAAGAAGACCCAGGAUGACUGGGAAGAUUAUCCUGACGAGCCUCAGCAGUACUGGGAACAUUCCCGCUGCUGUUGUCAGCACAGUCAGGAGCACCACAGUCCACAGACCGAGACACAGGCUGAGAGGACACAAGCUGAUGGCACCGACCUGCAAAACAAUCCUGACAAUGUUACAGGUGGAGGAGAGGCUGAGGAAGCAGAGGCUCUGAAUGAAGACGAAGUGAGAGAAUCGGACGUUACAGCAGUAAGUGAAGAGGAUGUGAGGCCAGAGGGUGAUUUAGGCGCAAGUGAGAGGGUGGACGUGCAUGAACACAAGGAGGGAGGGGGUAAGAUCGAUCUGGGUGUACCAGAGGAGGAGCUGGCUGGAGUCCUGAAGGAGCUGGAGCUCACACUGAAGAUGACGUCCACGAUGGAGCAGGAGAAGAUGGAGGACCUCACCAGGUCGACGGAGACAGAAACACCCUGCAGCGCGGUCAGACGGAGGAACAAGAGGAGGAGAGCAAAGAAAGCCUCACACUGAUUUCUAACAUGACUGCAUAUAAACUCAAACCUAAUGUUUGUGAGAACAGCUUCUUUUUAAAUUUCCAUCAGGUGGGCAGAAGCACGAUUGUUGGUGAAUGCAUGAAAAUGUGUUGCCGGCUUUGUUUACCUUUACUUGAAGUGAAUAAGUGAUAAAAUGUGUGUUCGGGGCACAGUUUUAUAUCACUAACAUCAGCUUUAUCCAUUGGCUGAUAAACACGUAUAGUUUACGUACGUAUAGGGAAAAUAUAUAUAGUUCAUGGUCUCAAAAUUUAACAGAAGAAAAACAAGGGUCUCAUUUAGAAAAUGGUCACAAGCUAUGAUGAUUAUUAAUGCUGCUUAACGCAUAAAUUCAGUAUGUUUUAACUUAAACUUAAGCUAACAUCGUGAUGCUUCCAGGACUCCUCUAGGUCAAGAUUUGAUUAAAUAAGUGUGCUCAAAUGUUUGACACCCUGUCUGUGAACAAACCCACUAUUUAAUUCUGUUGAGUAAUUCACAUUUUGUGUCAUGACCUUUUAUCAACCCAAUUUCAGGUAAAAUUAAUUUGUGUUAUAUGCUUGAAUUAAAGAUGGUUUUAAAAUAUGUAAAUGAAAAGCAAAAAGCAGAAAUUAGUUAUUUCAGCUUAGAUGAGGACAAAGGAAAAGAGAAAUGAUUUCACUUCACUGUAAUUUACUGGGGUGGUUGUGCCUUUUCUCAUCUUUGUCAGAAUGUGCCGAACUAACAAAACACUAAUCAAAGUACAAUCAUGUUAAACUUCCUGCAGUCUUAAGUCCUAGAUGAACAUUUUUGCAGACAAUAAUCUGAAUUCCAUUUAACACCCGUAAGUGUAAAGAGAUCCAACAAAUGUCCUGUACUAAUUUAAAGAAACGGGGACCUUUCAACAUAAAAACUUCCCCAAUCUUAUCAGUGUUGGUGGAGAUUUUAUGGCAGUAACAUUUAAAGCUUUUAACAAACCUGCUCUUUUGUGCAUCUAAUUAUUUUUCUUUUAUAAAUUGAAUUUGUUUGUUCACUUU